UCUUAUCCCAGUUACAGGAAUUCAUACAAACACAACAUCUGUUUAGACAUGCUGCAGCAGGGUUAUCACAAGUCCUUUUCAGAACUCACCAAUCUGAUCCUGAAUUGGAAUGCUGUAAGGGAGGCCGCAGGACCUGGUUCUGACAUAUGGAUGGAAGAGCCCCUGGACAAACAGCACGAUAAGCUAGAUCAUCUUCAGUAUUUCCUGGUCAGGGCUGAGGCAGCUCGCAGAGCAGGACAAUUUGAAGAAGUCUAUAAUAAUCAACUUUCACUGGCAUGUUACUUUAAAACAGUAGGGGACAAACUGCUUUCAGAUCACUUCUUUCAAUCGUGCCUCACCACCGCUGAAAUGAUCAUCCCAGCUGGGGGACAGAAAGUAGUAGAAGCAAAUGCUAACAUGGGCGUGGCCUAUGAGGAGAAAGGUCAGCUGGAUAAAGCUGCUGAGCAUUAUGAGAUAUUCCAUCAACUCACUGUGGGAAUGACAUGGCAGGAUGAGAAUGGCUGCUAUCACUUUGCACAGGCCUGUGCGAAUCUCUGGAGGAUUUACACAUUGCUAGCAGAUGAACAGCUUGAAAAUGAACAGUAUAAAGAGGCAAACAAAAGUCUCAGAAAAGCUUAUGACAUAGCUAGGGAAGGGGGCGAUAAGAAGAUGGAAUUAGCAGCUCUGUAUCGUGUGGCUUUAGGUUACCUUAGUGCUGGAGAUCCAGACACAGCUAUCAGUUACUUGCAAAUGUAUUUGGAACUGUCCAAUUCCAUGGAUGAUGACAUUGGCUUAGGCAAAACCUAUGAAGCUUUGGCUAAGGCCUUGAUAAGUACAGGACAUUCUUCUGAAGCUCUUGAAUACCUGAAACAGUUUCUGACCCUGGCAGAGAAAAGUGAUGAUAAACAGAGUUUGGUGGAUGCCUGCAGAUUUCUUGGAAUUAUGUAUAAUAACCUGGGCCAAUAUGAUGUAGCUCGCAAGUAUAUUUGGCGAGGAUAUGAGAUCGCCGUAACUUUGGGUGAUCUAAAUCUACUAGAGAUUAUGCAGGUUAAUUUUGGCAUUUUCAAAGCUCACGCAAUGAUGACCACAUAUUGUCACCAUGUAGAAGCUGCUGGACAUGGCAAUCUUGAGCGUCUGGUUACAUGGAAGAAUAGUAGAAAAGACACGUUCAAUGUGCCCAUUAUGGAAGAUUCCCAGCAUCAGCGGUAUUUUGCUUUUGUAGACUACAGCCUCUUUAUUCCACCAGAUCCUUAG